AUGCCAAAAGAUGUCCCAAAUAAUUUAUAUGCCUUUCCUGAAAAUUAUGGUGCUGACGAAUGUGGUAAGUGUGAGAUACUGUAUGAUAAUCGUCACCAAUACACCCUUCUGGAAAGUAUGGGACUUUGGCUCUAGUGCCUUGUUUUUGUGUGACAUAUCAGUUAAGGCUAACAUCUCAAUCAUGAAAACAAUGCUCUAUAGCAAAGGUGGCAUAUUUUCUGGAAGCUUGUAUUACAGGUACAAGCAACAACAAAAUACACAUAUAUCAUCUUAUGAAAAAGAUCAUUAGUGAGACUUAUGCACCAGUAGGCUGGCAUAUUUUUUUAAUGAACUAAUGUUCUUUCAAGGUUUGCCAGUAACACAGGAGGCAAUUGAUGAGGUGGCUGAAGUUUCUGGUGUCCUAACAGUUGGAGAGGAUUAUCUGUCACCUGCUGUUAGGGCUAAAUGUGAAUGUAUCAUUCCAGAUAUAAAUGGUGUCAAAUCUUGCAAUGCUGCAGACACAUUUUUAUUCCUUAAAGAACAUUACUAUGAACAGUCAAUGUGA